GGUCUUUAAUGAUUGGAAGAUGAUUCUUAAAUCAUUAAACAAUGUUAUGAAUUGAGUUUAUCUAAAAGUGUUGGAAUACUUAGAAGUAUUAAUUAAUUUUUUGCAUAUAAUUUUAAAAGUUUGUGAGAUAAUCCUUGGGAGAUAAUCUUUGUGAUUGACAAGCCAGGCGUAUAUCUCUCCCAUCAUCACUUACAGGGAUGAGAAAUCACGAAUAGUUUAGUCAGUAUCAACCAUCACGAUUAUCGGAUUAUCUCCUAAUAUUUCAUGGAUAAUUUGUAAAAGUUAAGAAUUUAUUUGUUUUUUGAAAUGGCUAACAAGGGAGAUGAAGAUAUCGAUGCUACUCUGAACGGGAAACAUGAUGAACCAGUAGCCAGUUCCGCUAAAGAUUCUAAGGUCAAGAAAGAGAAAAAACCAACAAAAGCCAGAUCUUACAUUGAGCAGAUAAAGAAAAAUUUCUUGCUUCCAACCAAAAGUAGUUCCAGUAAAACUAAGGACGGCCAGAGUUCACCAAAAUCACCCACUGAAGGAAAAUCAAAGUCAAAAUCAAAAACAAAGACUGCUCCUAAACCACCAAGUCCCAAACCAGAAGCUCCUAAACCACCAAGUCCUAAACCAGAAGUGAAGUCAAAAGGCCAGGCACCUAGCAUACCUAAAGAGGCAGUAGAAACCACUGGUCAUCUGACUGCUGAAAUUCACAAAACCAAAGAAAAAGCACCCUUACCACCUGAUAACAAACAAGAUCUAUGUCAACUGAGAGAAAAACCACCAUUACCAAACAAGAAAUCUGAAACUAAAACACAACCUAGUUAUUCAGUAGGAAGUGGAGAUAACUCUGUUAAUACUACACAAAGUAAUACUUCUAAUUCAGGUCCAAGACGUCGGCUAUUUAAAUCUGAUUCUAAUUCUUCAAAGGACUCUAUAGAUUCUGAAGCUCUCAUAAAUGGUUCAUCAGAACAUAAAACAUCAGAUAGAGGUUUAAGGAGGUCUGAUUCAAUAGAACAAGAACGAGUGAAAAAGUUAGAUAUCCCAGAAAACAAGUGCAUUUUAGACUUAGCCAUGGCAACCAGUGCAGAUCAAAACAGUGAAGGUCAAGCCCAAGGACAGUUAGAGUAUAUCUAUGUCACAAACAAUAAACUUAAGUACAUGAACCAAAACUUUGAGAAAGUCAAUGCUAAAAUGUAUGAUUAUAAAUGUGAUGUGAAAUUGAAAGUUGGUGAUCAGAAUUACAAAGCUCAUCGUCAUGUACUGUCGAAUGCUAGUGAUUACUUUGCUGCCAUGUUCUCAUGUGACAUGAAAGAAAAAGACCAGGAUGUUAUUGAAUUGAAAGAGAUCAGUCCAAAAGGGUUCUCUGCCAUGAUGGAUUAUUUCUACCACGGCUACGUUACAAUUGAUCAUGACAACGUCGAGGAUGUUAUCGAAGCUGCCAGGUUCUUUCACAAUGAUUGGCUGUUAGAAUGCUGUUGUGACUUUCUGAUUCGUCAUUUAAGUUUAGAAAACUAUACUGCUGUCAUAACCCUGGCUGAUAAAUAUUGGCUUGGAGACUUGAGAUGGGACAUUUUUAGAUUUAUUGGAGAAAACCUACCAAAUUUAACUCAGCAAGAAAUGUUUUAUUCAAACUUAUCAUUGGAGCUUUUGCUGCAGUUUUUGAUAGAAAAUAUAUAUGCUGAAACUUCUGAAAGGUUUCUACUAGAUGUGAUUCUCAACUGGGUCAAUGCUAACCCUGAUGAAAGAAAGGAGCAUUUACUUUCACUCUUACGACAAAUUCGUUUUCCACUCAUGGAAAUUGAAGAAUUGGAAACUUUGCCAGAGGAAGUCGUCCAAAGUAGAGAAAUAAAAGAUGCAGUUGAAGAUGCAAUGAAUUACAAUUUAAAUUUGAUGGGGCAAUGUCUAAAAAAAGGAGAAAUGUACACGCAGAGAGGUGCAAGGACAGUUAUAACGGUUCUCUCAUUUAGUGAAGAAGGCAAUGUUCUUGUGUAUCGUGACCCAGAAAAACCAGGAUUUUUUGUUGAGCAGCUAGGUCCAGUAGGUCUAGAUACUGUGGACUACCAAGCUUUAAGUCAAGCUAAACUAGGUAACUUUCUGUAUGCUGCUGGUGGAUAUGAUGGAACAUAUUCCAGUACAAACCGUGUUUUCCGAUUUGAUCCACGUUAUAGAGACUGGACAGAAGUGGCAUGUAUGAUUCAACCCAGAGUCUCGUUUUCAAUUUGUAGUUCUGAUACUCAAUUGUUUGUAGCAGGUGGCGUCAAUCGAGUGGAAGAAGAUGAAUCCAUCUUGAAUUCUGUAGAAGUUUACACUGCAGAAGAUAAUUCGUGGACAGAACUUCAGCCAGUACCUGUGAAGUGUUGUGAUGCUGCCAUUGUGUUCCAUAAGAAUUGUCUGUACAUGACUGGAGGUAUCAGCAUUGAUCCAGAAGAUCCCAUUCCAUUAAAUAGCACAUGGUGUCUCAAUCUUGGGGAUGCCAGUGGUUGGGUGCCGAAGCAGAAUCUAUUGACAGGAAGACAAGGUCACAGUAUGAUCCCAUACAAUGACAAGUUAUUGGCGAUUGGUGGUUACACAUCUAAAGAUGACCUUAUGACCUUCAAAGACUGCAUAACUAAUGAGAUGUAUGAUAUUGAAACCAAUCAGUGGACUGAAAUAGCACCAACACCAGAACAUUUUGGACAUUUAUAUCGUCACAAUGCUCUCUAUGGUAACAAGAUAUUUGUUGUUGGAUCUUCUACAGUCGUGGCCAAUCUGUAUGUAUAUGACAUUGAAAGUGAUACUUGGGAAGAAUGUGAAUCUAUAGGCCCUAACAUGCAGAAGUUAGCUAUUCUAGAUGUAGCUUAUCCAUAUUCAUAAACAAGCUUUACAAUUGUUUGUGUAUGGCAGUUGGAGCUUUGAUAUUUAUGCAGUCAAACAAAACGUGUUCAGACUUGUGAAUCCUGGUACCUGAGGAAAUGAUUUUAACUUGUCUGAUUGUCUCCCUUCAGUACACAUUAAUGCACGAAAUAUUUUUCCAGCUUGGCUUGGCUGCAUUUAAGUUAAGAUUUUAAUAAAUAUUUUGCAAUGGUCACUGAAAGUACAAAUUCACCUCCACCGAUAUCAGCUAUUUUUUUUUAUUAUCACAUCAUCAUGAUCAUUUUCAUUUUUCAAAGUCAUAUUUGUUUUGAAACUAAAAAUAUAUAUUAUGACUGAGAGAAAAAAUUGUGAAAUGAAAUGUUGGUUUUGACAGAUAGAAUUUCAUAUGUUAUAAAAUUACAUUUUAACCAAAACUAUUUUAAAACCAAUGAUGCUCUAUGAAACUUUGCUAGUCAGUCAGCAGAUCGAAAUUUAAAUGUAAAAUUUAGUGUUAUGUUUGAUUUUUUUAGUUUUAAUGGCAUUAGUUAAGUGUAGUAAAUUUGAUAAAUAAAUUUAUAUAAAUGAAUAUCCUUUAUAAGGAUAAUUUUCCUAAUAUUUAAGGAGCACUGCGCUAGAUAUGAAUUUGUAAUUUUGAUAAUUUUUGUUACUGCUUUUGAUAUAUUACACAUCUACUGGUAUGAUCGGAAUUGGUUGUAGGAUAAAAGAUAAUGGUUGUUUUAAAGUGAUCACGAUUGUUAUGAUUAUUGUUACUUGUUGUUCAUAACAGGUUGUUUUAUUUAGCAAAAUAUAUAAAUGCAUUUUGAGAAUGGAAAUGGGGAAUGUGCCAAAGAGACAAUAAACCGACCAUAGAAAAAACAACAGCAGAAGGUCACCAAUGGGUCUUCAAUGCAGCGAGAAACUCCAGCACCUGGAGGCGUCCUUCAUCCGGCCCCUAAACAAAUAUAUAUAUAUUGAAUGCCAUACUAAACUCCAAAUUAUACAAAAGAAACUAAAAUUAAAAAUAGUACAAAUAAAAUGCAUUUUUAAUAAAAUAAAUAUCCUAAAUAAUAUUUUAGAAAUAAUAAUUGGCAACUAAUGCUUAUUAAAAGUGUUAAUUUUAUACAUUACCUAGUACCUUUUUUUAAAAUUUCAUAAACAUUAAUUCACUUUUAUUAGUACAAUUUUUUUCUAAUGGUUAUUAUUCCAUGUUGGCUUAUAAUUACAAAGUAUGUGGGAGUAAUAUUUGUUUAAAAUCUUCAGCUAUUAAUGUUGUCUUUUUUAUAAAGAAAGAUCUGCUUUAGUAUGUUAUGUAUGUUUUAAUUGUUUGUCAAUGUUACAAGUGAAUGUAUUGUGGUUGUAUAUUUUGUGACUUUUAAGACAAAUUUAUAGCUUUUAAAGCUUUAGUUAGUUAGUUGUUUGUUAGAGCUUCCAUAUUUACAAUUGUUAAUUCUUUAUAUUAUUUGAUGAAUUUUAUGUUGAUUUUGUUUCAGCAGACAAAUAGUCUGUGUUAAUGAUCACCAUUUUUGCAAUUUUUUUUUUUUAAAUAGUCAGAAACUGUAAAAAGAUUAGUAAAAUAUAAAAAUCUACAAAAUGCCAAAUUACUUAACAUUUAUCAAUUCCUGAUUGAUAAGGCAGUUUUUUCUAUGUCCCUUGAUGUGAUAUAUUUGUUGAAAUUGACAAAUUUGACCAAAAAUGACAUUUUUUUUUUGCAAUUUUAGAUACCAGUAACAGCCAUUCCCAAUUGAAUAUUUUACUCACUUUUAAUAGCAUCUUGCAAAAUGUAGUUUAUUUUUGGCAGGGAAAAAGGGGCACAAUGCUAAAGAGAUUGAGAGAACAAAUACAGCAUGGUUAAUAUUAUGGAUGUUUUUAUUAAUAAGAUAUCAUGUUUGAAGAAACUUCAAAUAUUGUUGUGUUAACACACUGUUAGUGUAUUUAAAGUUUUUGUUUGUACAUGUAUUUACUUGUAUUUUUACACUCUUUUGCAUAAUCUGAUGAUACUAAAUAUAUUUUUUUAUGUUUUCAAAUUACUUUGUUUUAAACUUAUUUUAUCAAACUUAAAUCUUUUAUUAAGCUGAUUGGGCAUAAUGCUGCAUGGGGAUUUGCUUUCUAAAGUUUUGUGCAUGCCUAAAAACAAUCAGUAUAACUAUUAUUGAUCAAUAACAUGUGGUGAAAAAUAGAAAAGUUUUAGUAAUUCUUUUAACAAAAAUCCUAUAAAAGGGUUUAGUACAUGUGUAUUAACCAGAUAUCAAGUCUGAAAGAUGGUAGCCACCAUUGCAAAAAGAUGUUAGCCACCAUUGCAAAAAGAUGUUAGCCACCAUUGCAAAAAGAUGUUAGCCACCAUGAAAUAACUUAACAAAGAAUCAAGUUAGACUAGGAAAGAAAUAGCAUUAUAGAAAUUACUCAUAAAUUGAGUCCGUAUUGAAAGGGUCUGAAGAACUUUUUUUCAUGAAUCAGGGAUUGAGUGAUUUAUUAAUUGGGAAUUCAAGAGUGGGUCAUUUAAAUAAUGUCAAUUGGUGAAUAGCAGUAUAAUCACUGAAAAUUCAGGAUUUGAUUAUAUAUUAUGAUGUGGGAACAGGCACAUUAUUUUUACAGGAUUUGUGGAAUUGGCAUUUAUUUUCUCAGGAAUUGAGACCCCAUCCCUUUUAUUGAGCAUAAGUAGUAGAAAGAUGAUUAUUCAUUAAAUAAAUGAACCAAAAUCUACAAUCUGGUUACAUAGCAUUACACAGGAGGUAAAAAUAUCUUACAUCUAAGGGGUUCAUGAGAGAAAAAAAUGCUUUGUUGAUUCAUUGAGGUUUUUUUUAAUGUAUAUUCACAUUAUAUACAUAAAAGUUAAUUUCAUUGCAUUUGUGAAAAGCUAGUUAAAGGUAAUUAUUGGGCAUUACCCUAUUUAUUUAAGUAAUUGUAAGAUUCUGUUCAAUCCUCAUAAGACAUUGGCUUCAUUUAUAUUUUGUCACAAAAUAUUGGUUAUUUUAAGUCCAAUGAAAUUUGCAUUUUUGAACACUAAAGGGACCAUUAAAUUCUGUUCUUGUUAUUGAGGUGGAUAUAUUACUGUUAUCUUGUAAUUUUUAUUGACAACAUCAUGAUUGGUAAUACUACUUUAUAUCAAACCAUUUUAUGCAUUUAGUUGGUAUAACAAUUGUGUUUUAUCUGUUUCUUAGAAUUUCUUGUCAAUGCUUGCUGGUUCUUGACUUUAAAUUAAAUAUGAAGUACCAGUAAUUUUUUUAUAUACACCUUACUGCUUAAUAAGGAGGUUUUAUUAUUAUGAAAAUGUUAAUUUUUUGGAACAACAAAUAGUUGUGAUCAGUUUCUUGACAAUAUUAAAAGGAAAUACUAGUAUUUUGAAGUGGCCUUAAAAGUUUAUCUUGUUACUCAUUCAUAUGCAAAUUUAUUUGUACAAAUGUAAUAUGUUUACUUAUGUUUUCUUAAUAUGUUUCUCUUUUACAUUCCAAUGAUCUUUAUAUUUACAUAUAUACAUUGUAUACAUUAAAUUUUUCAUUUUUACUAGUUUAGCUGAGCGCUUGCCACAAUAAAUAUUAUAACUCUCAA